GGUUAAUUGGCGACCUCCAAGCUCUCCAACCUCCAUUGUCACCCUUACGCAAAGAGCCAAGCCAGGAGCGAAACCACCUCACAAUCUAGGCAUUCCGAUACAGCAUUCACAAUCCCAGAAGAUCAACGGCGUACGCAAUCAUCAUUGAAAGCAGGAAGCACAUCAUUGGUAGCAACCUGUCCACAACCAGGACACACUUUCACUUCGCAUAUACACCUGCCGUGAACAACAUUUGCCAAAUCUUCCACAAAGCUAUCCUGUCACCUGUGGUGAACUCGGCAUAGAAAGCUACGCCACACGAAAGCUUUCUCGAGAGAGAGAGCAAAGUUUGGACAGCGCCUUUCUAGAGAGAGAGAGAAAGUCCCAAAAGGCGGGAAAACACAUCUCCAGCGGGAUAUAAAAAGAAAACCGGCACACAAACAAAUUCACGUCGCAUCCCAACCAUGCCUACGACACGGCGAUCCAGCGGUACAGCGGCGGCUGCUGCUUCGGGGAAGCAGUCGACUCUGUCGUUCAACCACCGCGUGACCAAGGCCAGCGCGCCGCCCAAGCAGCCGGGCAAGUCUGCCCUCGUCACAGCGGCGUCCGCCACCGCGCCGACCAAGCAGAGCCCGUUGGCGAAGCAUGUCGCUUCGGUCGUCGAUGAUGAGUCAGUUCCCGAGGAAGAGGAGGAGGAGGUCGUCGGUGGCGAUGAGGAUGCCAAGGUUGAGGUCGCCGAGAUCAGCACGGCCGAGGCCGAGACAGAGCCCCUCAAGGACAAGGAGGUGCCGGCGCCGUCAGAGGCCGAGGUCAAGGCGCUCAAGAUGACGGAUCGGCAGAUUGAGACAUACUGGCGCGGCGUCGAGGCCGAGCGCAUCGCGAAGCGCGUGCACCAGGAGGACCUGGGCACGCCGGAAAAGGUGCUCAGAUACUUUGACGUGAGCUCGCAGUAUGGGCCGUGUAUCGGAAUCACCCGUCUCAAGCGGUGGCAGCGCGCCGAGCGGCUCGGGCUGAAGCCGCCCGUCGAGGUCCUGGCCGUGCUGCUCAAGGAGGAGAAGAAGAUCAAGAGCAAGAGCGGCGGCGCCAGCAGCAAGAGCGGCAGCACGAGUGUUUCCGCCGCCACCACCGCACGGGACAGCACGCGGCUGCAGACGGCGCAUAUGGACGAGAUCCUCAACUCGACUGCCAUUGGUGCUUCUUGAGAGCGCGGGGGAAGUUGCGUGCAUGAAUGAGGGCUGCGAGGUUUCGAGAUUUAUUUUUGCCACCGAGGGUGAGGGAUGGUCACUAUGCUUCGGGCUUUGCUACUGGACGGAUUACGUUCAUGAGUUGGCGGUUAUGGCGUUACGGAGCUUCUGAAGGGUGUUGUCAUCACGUUAUUUCACAAUCGGUAUCACCAAAAAAACACUCUCUACUUGCUUGGAACUCGUGGCUUGAACCAAAGAGCAGUAUCCUAUUUGCUAGUACCAUAUACUCCUCGUCCUAUGAUGAGGCAUCGUCUCUUUACCUUCGGCCUCUAGCUGCUUCAUCGUGUCGUACAGGAAGAAAUCGAUAAGAAUCGCGUUGACGUGCGUCUCGGGAUGUUCCCGCUUGAUCUCUCGCCUGAUGGCCUCGACACUCCAUAUACUUGCAGCUAUUACAUAAAUUUGAGUUAGUAAAGGCAGUCGAUAGGCAUGAAAUGGAAUACCAGCAUGUGUCCCC